AUGGGGGAGUGGCAGCGCGAGGUGGUGGGGGAGAUGGAGGGGAGCAUGCCGCCGCCCUCCCACGCGCCUCCUGAGCCGUGUGGCCCCUGGCUGUACGGAGCACGGGUGCCAGACGGCCAGGAGCUGCCGGUGCUCUUCCGCUCACCCGCUGCCAUGCGAGACGGCCAGGAGCUGCCGGUGUUAUUCCGCACACCCGCUGCCAUGCACAUGGGGGAGGGGGAGCAUACAGCAGAGAGAGAUGGAGGAGGGUGGCAGGGAGGGAGGGGUGAGAGAAGGGCGGAGCGAAUGGGGGAGGAAAUGGGGCGGCAAGGGGUGGUGGGGGAGCAAAGGGCAGAGGAGCGAGGGGUGGAGGAGCGAGGGGAGCAGGUGUUGGCGGAUUUAAACGAGCUGGCGGACUAUUAUGGUGAUGCCUCGUGGCCUUCACUGCACCCCCUGCUACUGCCUGCUUGUGCUCCACCCACCCUUGCUUGGUACGUGAGGCUAGUGGAGUGCAAGGUGAGUCGCUGCCACGCCCUGCUCGCACUGCUCCUCGACCUCUCGCCCUCCGAGUCCCCCACCCUCUUCCUCCUCCACCUCCCCUCCUCCCCGCCACCUCCCCACUCCUUGCCCUUCCCCUCACACCCCCGCUCUCUGCCUUUCACCUCACGCCUGCUGUGCGCGCCCAUCCCUGCGGUGGCGACAGUGGAGUGGGCGGCAGACUCGCAGCACGUGCUGUACACGAAGCUGGAUGAAAUCUCCGAUCCCACCAGUGAGUGGAAUUGGACUGGCGAUACCUCACUCUCAACCUCAACACCCGCAUCUCUUCACAGGUCCAUCUUUGAGACGUCUGAGAACCUCACACUCUUGAGUCGCCCCCUUUCUCCCUCUCUCUCCACUCACACUCACUCCUUCCUCCCCCUGCCUGUGCACUGCUGCCCUCAUUUGCUCAUCCCCUCAACCCACCAGAGCCUGGCGAUCAGAGUGAAAGGGUGGGACAUCCGGCCAUCAGACAUUGUCAUAUCAGACAUAGAGGUGUUCCGACACUGCCUCGCCGUGCACUGUCUCGUGCACUCCCUGCCGCACCUGCUGCUGCUGCCCCUUCCCCUCUCACCAGAGGGCGGAGUGGGAAGAGAGGAGGGUGGUGUGGGAGGGAAGGGGUGGAGAGGAGAGGAGGAGGGGAGGAGGGAAGUGGAGGUGUGGGCGAGGGCAGUGCAGCUGCCGGAGAGCGUGUGCCAUGUGGUGGCAGGGGGCAACCAGGACUACCAUGCUACCACUCUCCGCAUCAUGGUGUCGUCCCCUGUUAUGCCUGAGGCCGGGUGCGAGGUGCACAUGCUCUCUGGCACCCUCUCAGUGUUGCACCAAGAGCCGUACUGCCGCCACCAACCCCUCCUCCAGCAGCAGCAGCAGCAGCAGCAGCAGCAGCAGCAGCAGCAGCAGCAGCAGCAGCAGCAGCAGCAGCAGCAGCAGCAGCAGCAGCAGCAGCAGCAGCAGCAGCAGCAGCAGCAGCAGCAGCAGCAGCAGCAGCAGCAGCAGCAGCAGCAGCAGCAGCAGCAGCAGCAGCAGCAGCAGCAGCAGCAGCAGCAGCAGCAGCAGCAGCAGCAGCAGCAGCAGCAGCAGCAGCAGCAGCAGCAGCAGCAGCAGCAGCAGCAGCAGCAGCAGCAGCAGCAGCAGCAGCAGCAGCAGCAGCAGCAGCAGCAGCAGCAGCAGCAGCAGCAGCAGCAGCAGCAGCAGCAGCAGCAGCAGCAGCAGCAGCAGCAGCAGCAGCAGCAGCAGCAGCAGCAGCAGCAGCAGCAGCAGCAGCAGCAGCAGCAGCAGCAGCAGCAGCAGCAGCAGCAGCAGCAGCAGCAGCAGCAGCAGCAGCAGCAGCAGCAGCAGCAGCAGCAGCAGCAGCAGCAGCAGCAGCAGCAGCAGCAGCAGCAGCAGCAGCAGCAGCAGCAGCAGCAGCAGCAGCAGCAGCAGCAGCAGCAGCAGCAGCAGCAGCAGCAGCAGCAGCAGCAGCAGCAGCAGCAGCAGCAGCAGCAGCAGCAGCAGCAGCAGCAGCAGCAGCAGCAGCAGCAGCAGCAGCAGCAGCAGCAGCAGCAGCAGCAGCAGCAGCAGCAGCAGCAGCAGCAGCAGCAGCAGCAGCAGCAGCAGCAGCAGCAGCAGCAGCAGCAGCAGCAGCAGCAGCAGCAGCAGCAGCAGCAGCAGCAGCAGCAGCAGCAGCAGCAGCAGCAGCAGCAGCAGCAGCAGCAGCAGCAGCAGCAGCAGCAGCAGCAGCAGCAGCAGCAGCAGCAGCAGCAGCAGCAGCAGCAGCAGCAGCAGCAGCAGCAGCAGCAGCAGCAGCAGCAGCAGCAGCAGCAGCAGCAGCAGCAGCAGCAGCAGCAGCAGCAGCAGCAGCAGCAGCAGCAGCAGCAGCAGCAGCAGCAGCAGCAGCAGCAGCAGCAGCAGCAGCAGCAGCAGCAGCAGCAGCAGCAGCAGCAGCAGCAGCAGCAGCAGCAGCAGCAGCAGCAGCAGCAGCAGCAGCAGCAGCAGCAGCAGCAGCAGCAGCAGCAGCAGCAGCAGCAAGCAGCAGCAGCAGCAGCAGCAGCAGCAGCAGCAGCAGCAGCAGCAGCAGCAGCAGCAGCAGCAGCAGCAGCAGCAGCAGCAGCAGCAGCAGCAUCAGCAGCAGCAGCAGCAGCAGCAGCAGCAGCAGCAGCAGCAGCAGCAGCAGCAGCAGCAGCAGCAGCAGCAGCAGCAGCAGCAGCAGCAGCAGCAGCAGCAGCAGCAGCAGCAGCAGCAGCAGCAGCAGCAGCAGCAGCAGCAGCAGCAGCAGCAGCAGCAGCAGCAGCAGCAGCAGCAGCAGCAGCAGCAGCAGCAGCAGCAGCAGCAGCAGCAGCAGCAGCAGCAGCAGCAGCAGCAGCAGCAGCAGCAGCAGCAGCAGCAGCAGCAGCAGCAGCAGCAGCAGCAGCAGCAGCAGCAGCAGCAGCAGCAGCAGCAGCAGCAGCAGCAGCAGCAGCAGCAGCAGCAGCAGCAGCAGCAGCAGCAGCAGCAGCAGCAGCAGCAGCAGCAGCAGCAGCAGCAGCAGCAGCAGCAGCAGCAGCAGCAGCAGCAGCAGCAGCAGCAGCAGCAGCAGCAGCAGCAGCAGCAGCAGCAGCAGCAGCAGCAGCAGCAGCAGCAGCAGCAGCAGCAGCAGCAGCAGCAGCAGCAGCAGCAGCAGCAGCAGCAGCAGCAGCAGCAGCAGCAGCAGCAGCAGCAGCAGCAGCAGCAGCAGCAGCAGCAGCAGCAGCAGCAGCAGCAGCAGCAGCAGCAGCAGCAGCAGCAGCAGCAGCAGCAGCAGCAGCAGCAGCAGCAGCAGCAGCAGCAGCAGCAGCAGCAGCAGCAGCAGCAGCAGCAGCAGCAGCAGCAGCAGCAGCAGCAGCAGCAGCAGCAGCAGCAGCAGCAGCAGCAGCAGCAGCAGCAGCAGCAGCAGCAGCAGCAGCAGCAGCCACACCCAUGCAAUCACUCCCCAUCAACCCCACCUCUCCACCCUCCCAGCCCUCCCCUGCCCCUCUCCCGCGUGCCCGGGCUCAUCUGUCAACGCCUCUGGGUACCAUCCCCCAAUGGCCCACCCAUACCGCUCACCCUCAUCCACCACACCAGCAGGCACAGAGACAGCCAGGGCCCGGCGCUACUAGAGGGGUACGGCGCGUAUGGGGAGCGCACACCAGAGGAGGGGGCGAGCUGGGGCGAGCAUGGCACGAGGCGGGGCGGGGGGAGAGGAAGGGGCGGGCGGUGGGGGAUUUGAGGGCGUGUGCUGAGUAUUUGAUUGGGGAGGGGUGGGCAGGGAGGGGGCGGGUGGCUGCGAGGGGGAGCAGUGCAGGAGGGUUUCUGGUUGCUGCUGCUGUGAAUACUGAUCCUGCUUUGCCCCCACCCCUCGUUCCAUCCGUGAUUUUCUUCCAUCCAUGUGCUGCCGCUCAUUCACUCUCCCCACCUCUCACUAGGCUGUCGCUCACCCACCCGCACCUCCUCUCGCACCCUCUCCCGGCCACAGGUGCCAUUCCUGGACGCCCUCACCUCAAUGAGCAACCCCGCCCUGCCGCUCACAGCGCUAGACCGCCACGAGUGGGGCGACCCUCUUCCCUAUGCACCCUCACCUCCUCUUCCCCCGUCCCCACCUUCGUCCAGGUGCCAUUCCUGGACGCCCUCACCUCCAUGAGCAACCCCGCUCUGCCGCUCACAGCACUGGACCGCCAUGAGUGGGGCGACCCCCUCGCCUGCCCCUCCGCCUUCCAUGCCCUGAGAGCUCUCUGCCCCGUGCUGAACGUGCAACCAGGGGUCAAGUACCCUGCUGCCCUGCUCUCUGCUGCUCUCCACGACUCCAGAGUGGGCCCAUGGGAGGCAUUAAAGUGGGCAGCCAAGGUGAGAGCAGAGAGCGACUACUGUGAGAGGGAGCGGCCUGUACUGGUGCGCGUGUGGGGGGACAGAGGGCACGUGGCACCAUGCAGUGGCAGGGAGCAGAUGGAAGAUGUGGCUUUGGAGCAUGCCUUCCUGCUGCACCACGUUGGGGGGGGAGAGCAAACACUGGAGCAACUGGAGGAUGUGGCUCUGGAGCAUGCCUUCCUGCUGCACUAUGUUGGUGCGGACUGCUAA